UUCCUAUGACACAUGAGCCUAGACUUCAUCACCGGGUUCCCAACUACCACAAGCGGUCAUGACGCAAUCCUCGUCGUCAUCGACAAAUUCUCCAAAAUGGGACACUUCAUCUUGACACACACGACAUCAUGCACUGAGGAGACGGCAAAACUAUUUGUUCGCUACAUCAUCUCACAACACAGCAUUCCAACCACACUCAUCUCCGACCGAGACCCCAAGUUCACCAGCAAAUUCUGGAAGGAACUGAUGUCUCUGCUCGGAACCAAACUCGCCAUGUCAUACGCCUACCAUCCGCAGACAGACAGCCAGACCGAGCGUCUCAACCAAAUUGUAGAGCAACUCCUCCGCGCAGCAUGUAAGGACGAAAUCUCUAAGUGGGACUUGCAUCUACCCAUCCUGGAGUUUGCCUACAACGAUGCCACUCACACCGCUGCUGGACAGACGUCAUUCUUCCUCUGUUACAGCCGCCACCCACUCACGCCACAGAAAACAACCUGCCCUGCUGUAGGAGGAGAACUUAACUCAAUCUCAAGAGUUCAAUCAAAGUUCAAGAAUCUCACAAGGAAUUAGAGGAGCAAGAGAAAGGUUGGGAUAGAA